CGUGUGUUCUUUCCCUUUACAUCAAUAUGGCUGAUCAGCAAACCGAGAAAGCCUUCCAAAAACAGUUCGGCAUUAACCUAAACAGAAAGGUUAAGCCUGGUGUUGUCAAAAAGAAGGUCUUGCGCCGCCACCGUGACAUCGGUUUGGGUUUUAAAACUCCCCGUGAGGCCAUUGAUGGUAACUACAUUGACAAGAAAUGCCCUUUCACUGGUAAUGUAAGGAUCCGUGGUCGCAUCUUAACCGGUGCCGUACGUAAGACUAAAAUGCAGCGUACCAUUGUUAUCCGCCGUGACUAUUUGCACUUUGUGCGCAAAUACAGCCGUUUUGAGAAACGUCACAGAAACAUGAGCGUUCAUUGUUCCCCCUGCUUCAGAGAUGUUGAAAUCGGCGAUAUUGUUACCAUUGGAGAAUGCCGUCUCUUGUCUAAAACUGUUCGCUUCAACGUAUUGAAAGUCAGCAAGGGUCAAGGUUCGAAGAAAAACUUCAAAAAGUUUUAAAUUUUUCUAAAGAAGAUGCUGGUUAUAACCAAACUAGUUUGAUGUUCAAACUAAAUUUUGAUUUUACACAAGAAAACAAAUAAAACUCGGAGGAUCU